AUUUUAGGCAUAGAGAAUCGUAAUUAAAUUCAUUUACCUUCGCUCCCGUUUACUCAACCCAUCGACAAACGAGGAGAUUAUAAUGUUGAGAUUUUGCUUCCCCGGGUAAACUGAGAAUUUUUAAUUCCUUGGUGAACGUCCCAAAAAUCAGUUGGCCUACGCAUGCAUCUCCAAGUGGCUAGUCGUAACAGCCGAAAUAAACAAAGGCAGGCGAAGAUAUGAUGAGGUAAAAGCUAUCUUCAAUCAAUUGCUCGCCACACUCAUUUCAACUUUUAUUUUUUUAUUCGUCUAUAAAGAGACAUCAAAAUUCAUUCUAUUACCCAAAAGGGAUGACAAAUGCGAAUGCCUUUACGUCAUGGACCCCAGCGGUCUCAGCCAAACAUCCAGAUAAUAUCGUAUCCUCAGGAUUCACAACAGCGAAAAUAUUCCGGCCAUCUUACGAGAAGGAGGAGCCAUGUAUGGAGCAAUUGAUGGCCAAUGAAUAUCAAAGAAUGUGGUUGACAGAGAGAGAUCAGUGGCUGAGCAAAACUACCUCGAGAGGAGAAAAAAAGCGCCGGCCGAGAGCUGCCCCCAGUCAAAAGAGUCAAAAUACGAAAAAAAACGACGACAAAGCGAAAAUAAAGUCUGGACGAAUGUAAUAGCAAUGUCGGCUGUCCAAACAACUCGUGCACAACUUGACGGAAAGCCAUAAAGCUCAUCAUCGACGAUACAAGUCCAGUGAAUAACCAUCAAUCAGUGAUUCUCAAAUAUUUAUAUCAAAUUCAAAAUGCAAAACGAGCAGAAAAGCGUUAAAUAAUUUUACAGUCUUCCGAUAUGAAAAUUACUUACAAAUCAAGACACACCUCCAACACUUAUCCCACAAAACUUACAGGCGCGGCUUCACUAUCCAUUCCAUAUAAUAAAACCCAGCGAUUCAAAGUGAAAUUAAUUCAGCCAUAAUGUACUCGAGAAUCUGUCCGAAAGCCCGGAAACGGUUUUAUGGCCGAUAAUAUCCUGUCUUUUUAUCUUC